AUGUCAAGUCUGUGUUUGUCAUUCUUGAUGAACUCCAGCUGCUUUUGCAGGUUGGCGAUGUACGACUUCAGCAUGGGUUCAACAUUAGAGGAGGCGGCGCUCUGUCCCUGCAGCAGCUUCCACUUGGUGUCCAGCAUUUUGUUCUCCUGCUCCAGGUGUCUCACCUGUGGCAGAAGGAAGAAAGGAAGAACCAAACAAAGACAUAAUCUCUUUUUCCUGUCAGAUAUGAAGAUUGCUUCGUUCAACGUACAGAGGUUUGGACUGACAAAAGCCUCAGAUCCUGAUGUCCUUUCUGCCCUGGUUAAGAUUGUGUCUCGAUACGACAUCAUAGUAAUUCUGGAGGUGGUGGAUGUGAGCGGAGCCUCUGUUAAAAUGCUCCUGAGAGAACUGAACAGAGUAAACACAAGCCAUCACUACGCUCUGCAGCUCAGUACCCGUCUGGGGAGGAACAGAUACAAGGAGCAGUUUCUGUUUCUGUACAGGGACGAUGUUGUCGACCUGAUCGACUCCUAUCAAUAUGAAGACAACCAGGUGAACGACUUCGAUGCUUUUGCCAGAGAGCCGUAUAUUCUCCACUUCAAACCACACAACACAGUAUUGAAGGAUAUAGUGCUGAUCCCAGUCCACACCAAACCAUGGGACUCAGAGAGAGAGCUGGAUGAGCUGUAUGAGGUCUUCCUGGUGGUCAAAGACAAAUGGAAAACUGAUAACAUAAUGAUCCUGGGGGAUUUCAAUGCAGAUGGAGCGUAUGUCACCCGCAAAGAGAUGAAGGAAAUUCGUAUCCGCAGCGACAAGAAUUUCCACUGGCUGAUUGCUGAUGAUGUGGACACCACAGCAAGCACAUCAAACGAACACACCUACGACCGGAUUGUUGUGUAUGGAGAAGACAUGCUGGCAGCCUUUGUGCCAAACUCAGCUAAGCCAUUUAAUUUCCACAAAGAGCUCGCCAUGACAGAAGAAAUGGCCCUGAGAGUGAGCGACCGCUACCCUGUCGAGGUAGAAUUAUGUAAAGCUCCUCCUUUCUGGAUGAAAGGACAGCAAGUAACAGCUGUCACAGAGAAUCUGCAGGAUGAUGUGUUGAAACUGCAGAAGGAAAACCUACUGCUGGAGCGAGAGAAACUUCAGCUUCAGAUCUUCUUAUUAAAACAGCGGCUUGCCACACUCCAGCUGAAAGAAUCUUAAAAGACGACUGGUUUUGCUAAGCUGUUUUGUUAAUGUCAUCCUCUAUUGUAUAUGG